AUCAGUGUCUUUGAUAUGCUGUUUACACCUGUACAUUAUUUCUACCUGAUGUAUGAUAAGUGAAAAAAAGGUAGAUUGAUCUUUUAAAGAAUUUUUUAAGGAUUAAAAGGUUGACUUUUAAAAAUAUUCAUUAAAUUCUCUAUUAACAACUUAUUGAAUAGUAGUGGAACAGCAAGAAAAAGUAAAAAUGAACACUCCUGGGGGACAUAACACUCCCGGUGGGAAAAUCUACCCUAUUCGCAAGUUCCCCUCAAUGGCAUCUGUGCAAACGUCGCAUACGGUACAGACAAUGGCCUCCUUAGGAUUCCUGGCUCCGGGCCAUGGUUUUGUACCAAAAAAGAACAAACUGGAAAAGCCCUUUGGGCCAUCUUUCAAAACCAUAAUGAAUAGAACUGAAAGAGGCCCAGGAAAGCAAUUUUUGACCUACGCCUACGUGUGUUUUGCUCUCUCCGUUCUUUGCUUUAUUGGGGUUGCUUUGUAUUUUGGUCAUAGAAAUGUACACCGAAUGAUGGUCUAUAGAACUGAAGUGUUUGGUGCUCUUAUGGUUAUAGGUGGCAUUCUUUUCUUUGGUGCCGGUAUUAAUUUUCUAUAUAAAGCUCGAGUGGAAAGCAAUAGAUGGAGAAGCUUUAUAACAUUUAAACCGGAAGGAAUGUUCACUGCUGCUGCUUCUAAUCCAGCUUAUGUUGCGGAAGAAUCCAUGGAACUACAAACGGGGACGUUUGGCGAAAGAGCUAUAACUCAAAUUCCCAAGUCAAGAACACCUUACUCCAAGAACUCUAGAUGGGGAUCUCAGCCAAAUUUACGAGCAGCAAGAUCGAUCGAAAGAGGUUUGGAUGAUCCAAAAGUGAAUACUGGAAGGCGUGCACCGCCUUACGAUCAUCUUCGAAAUCUGGGCAGAAGUAGUCCCGCUUUACAUCAUAUCCCAGAGGAAACUAUUAGAGAACCUGCCAUAGAAGGGCAAGCAAUACGAGGAAGGAGAUAUCAACCCCCACCUCAUAUGCAAAAGCAUACGUAUCAACCAUCUCGGCCAGCUCCCCUGCCACCACCACCACCUCCACCAGGAGCUUAUGAGGAAGCACCAGAAAGCGAAUUAUAA